AUGCCGUGGGUGAAAGGGGAUAUUCCUUUAGUUAAUUCAAGCCAAUCUCUAGGGGUGGCUUUGACGUGGAAGGUUAGUGACUUUAUAGAUAGGGAUACGAGAACUUGGAAGGCAGGGAAGGUCAGAGAAUGUUUUGAUUGGGACUGGGCGAAGAAAAUUCUAUCGAUGGAGCUCCCGCUAGACAACGAGGAUGACUUUCUCUAUUGGAAAUACCAUCCAUCGGGCAGGUAUACGGUUAAAACAGGAUACUUCUAUCUUUCUAAGGAAUUGGGGUCAAACACCACCAUUUGCGUGGCAAGGGAGCAGGAAUUUAUUAAGCUGAUCUGGAGAAUGAAUAUACCACCGAAAUGGAAGUUGUUUCUAUGGAAGUUGUGUCACGAUGGCAUUGCCGUGAAGGAAAACUUGGCAAAGAGAGGCAUGAGUACCGACACAGAAUGCGAUCGCUGUAGAGAGGGCGAGGAAAAUAGUCAACAUCUUUUCAGCGAGGAUGGGAAACAAGGAGGUCGUUGGGUGAGUUUUAUUGCAACUCUUUGGGGCUUGUGGAAGGCUAGGAAUGCUAGAUGUUUCAGAAAUGUGGUUGGAACGAGUAGCCAGGUGAAAGAUUUUAUAGAUGCUACAAUUCAGGACCAUGAACAUUUCACCUAUCGAGCUGGUAUUUUAUCGAAGGAAGAGGCGAAUGGUAGGGAUGAUCCUACCCUACCCCCGGGGUUUAUCUGUGUCCAGUUGGGGAAAGAGAGGACAGGGUUUGAUGAUUUCAGAGUAGAAGUCGACGGCUCAUGGGACAGGACAACCACGGGGGCAGGAAUAGGCUGGGCGGUUAAGGACAAUGGUAGUGGUGGAGAGGUGGGUGAGGGAGGGUAA